AGACAAUCAAAUUAGUAUACGUCAAGGAAGAUAAUGUUGUAACAAAACACGAUCAUCGAUCGUUAGGGCAGAAAAGUUUGAAUUACAUUACCCACUUGUUUUGAAGUUUCCGAGAGAUUUUUCCAUUGGGAAAUCGCCCAUGGAUUCAAAAUCCGCACUACCUUUUCACCUUUUGACUUCGUAAUUUACUUCUUGUAAUUCCAGGGGAUUUUUGCCGCACUUUCCGUUGUUCUUUCAUUGUUAUUAUAAAAUGAUUUUUGAUGCCGAAUCAGGAACUAAUCUGCACUCGGGCUUUGCCACAAACAACAGGGAUCCGAACAAUUCGUUGCCUCUUCAACCCUUUUCCCUCUUGUUAAAUGGCUUCGGAUCCGAAGGUUCAUCUGUUUGAAGAAGUGGCAAAGCACAACAAAACCAAAGAUUGUUGGCUUGUAAUCUCUGGGAAGGUUUAUGAUGUAACUCCUUUCAUGGAGGAUCAUCCUGGAGGCGAUGAAGUAUUGUUAGCAGCAACUGGAAAAGAUGCUACGAACGAUUUCGAAGAUGUUGGGCACAGCGACUCGGCAAGAGAAAUGAUGGACAAAUAUUACAUCGGAGAAAUCGAUCCAUCAACAGUUCCUUUGAGGAAGAUUUACAUUCCAUCACAACAAACACAGUACAAUCCAGAUAAGACAGCUGAGUUUGUGAUUAAAAUCUUGCAGAUUUUGGUUCCCAUAUUUAUUUUGGGUUUGGCAUUUGCUGUUCGUCACUACACCAAGAAUGAAUGAAUAAAGCCUCUAGAGGGUAAACUGCUUAUUCAUAAUGAUUAUGUUUGGUUUAUGUUUUCAUGUGGAGGGUUGGUCGUAGACUAGAGUUGUCUGGAUCAUAUCUUAUAUUCUACUUAAUAAUAAGUUAGCUAAGUGCUAUGUUCUUGUUUUCUUUUUCAA